AUGCCGGGGAUCAGAAUUGCUAGGAAGAGCCCAAAGAUAAUUCACCUAUUGUUUGCGGAUGACACCAUGUUUUUCACAAUGACAGGGGAGAGUAGUUGCACAACACUGUCGAAAAUUCUCCAUGACUAUGAGCAGGCCUCAGGACAGAAGAUAAACGUCCUCAAAUCAUCUAUCUCCUUUGCUAGCAAGACGCCUCCUGAGAUCAGAUCAAGAGUUAAACAAAUAUUGGGCAUAGAUAAGGAGGGGGGAGUUGGUAAAUACAUGGGUCUUCCUGAACAUUUCGGAAGAAGAAAGAAGGACCUCUUCAGCUCCAUCGUCGACCGGAUGCACCAGAAAUCUAUCUCCUGUCCAUUUCUGUUGCUUUUGAUAUCAACUGAACUUACUGAUUACGGUUUCUUUCAGGCACCGAACUUCUUAAGUGAAUACUCAUGCAGUAACGAUGAUAACAGCUCCGGUAUGAUAGACCACAUGUUCAAGAGAAACCUUCAGAAACAAAAGCAAUCCAUGCCGCAGCAGCAACAACUGUCUCCUUCUGGAUUCGGAGCAACGCCAACUUUUGAUAAAAUGAGCUUUGCAGACGUGAUGCAGUUUGCGGACUUUGGUCCGAUGCUGGCGUUAAACCAGACCAGAAGCCAAAACGAUCAAGAAACCUGGAUGGACCCGUUUUAUAUCUUAAAGUUCCCAGUCUUCAAUGGGGACCAUAACCAGACACAUCAUAUCAUGUCUCAAGAAGGUGGUGGAUGUGAAGGAAACAUAAGCAAUGUGUUUCUUGAAGAACAGGAUAAUCAAGAAGAGAAAAACGAUAAAAACUCCAUGCAACUCCGUUUUAUUGGAGAAGAAGAAGAUAGAGAGAACAAAAACGAUACGACAAAGGAGGUGAAGAAGAAGAGAAAGAGAGCUAGAACAAGCAAGACCAGCGAAGAAGUGGAAAGCCAAAGAUUGGCUCAUAUCGCGGUCGAGAGGAACCGUAGGAAGCAAAUGAACGAGCAUCUUUGUGUCCUCAGGUCUCUAAUGCCUGGUUCCUACGUUCAAAGGCGAGAUCAAGCGUCAAUCGUAGGAGGGGUAAUAGAAUUUUUAAGUGAGCUGGAGCAACUCCUUCAAUGUUUGGAAUCACAGAAGCGUCGAAGAAUCUUGGGAGAAACCAAUGACAUACAUGGUGGGGACAUGACCACGACAGUGAUUACUUCUUCAGCCAUAACUUCAAGUAACCCGUUGAUUAUUACCGGAAAUGUAACCGAGUUAGAGGGUGGAGGAGGGAUUCAGGAGGAGACGGCGGAGAAGAAGUCGUGCUUGGCAGAUGUGGAGGUGAAGCUGCUAGGGUUUAACGCCAUGAUCAAGAUACUUUCAAGAAGACGUCCAAGACAACUGAUUAUGACUAUAGCUGCUUUGGAGGAUCUUCAUCUCUCUAUUCUUCACACUAACAUCACUACCAUGGAACAAACCGUCCUCUAUUCCUUUAAUGUCAAGAUUACAAGUGAGACAAGGUUUACGGCAGAAGACAUUGCAAGUUCAAUCCAGGAAAUAUAUAGUUUUAUUCAUGCAAAUUCCACCAUGUAAUGAUUCAUCUGUAUUCUCCUGUUAUUUCCGUUAAAUUUACUUUUCGUCAGUUCAUGUUGGCUUAAUUUUAGGUGUGGUUUUGUACCUUUAGAUGUCAUUAUUAUCUUUUCUGAAGUUAAAUAUGAGACAUCGAAUCAUCAAGAAACAAUCUUAGUUUCUUAAAUAAGCUCGUUACACCGAAGGUUGUACGGUGGACGAUUAUUUUUUGAGAUUUGUUUAAUUUAUUGCGCAAAUUAAUUAUAUUUGUUUUUCUUCUUUUGCGUCAAUGUUCAGAAAAAGAGUUGAGAUUUACAUUUCAUCAGCAUAGUUUCAUCCUAGGAACAUGUUAGUUACAUGUUCGAUGCAUUUUCUGGUGGUGCAUCACAUUUACAAGUGUCAAUGUACAUGAAUUUGUUCUACCGCAAAAGUGUCAAAGAAUUUCAAGUAUAAUAUAGUAUAUAUUCAACGCCGCCGUAAAAAAAAAGAGAGCGAUUCUUGAUCCUACCUUCUCCGGUGGCCGGCGAGCUUCGUCGGUGCCGUGAGAAGGUCCUUAGUCUAGUUCCUUUUGUCUGUUUAGGCUGAGAUGAGGCUUUCGAGAGUCAGAGAAGUUUGGAUCUGGGAAUCGAUUUGAUUUCAUCCUCUGGUUUGCUUGGGCUCCUUCACUAGAUCCGUAGCUUUUUCUGGUGCGCGGUGCAGGUUAUACCGGCUCUGAUGUGGGGUGAUACUUCUUCCAUCGGAUCGGGUGAAGCAGAACUCAUGUAUUGCAAUGGUGGUCUCUCGUUCUUUCUCUGUCCUUUUGACUUCGUUUUGCUGGUUCGGAUGUUCUCGAUCUCGUUUAGUUGUUAGUUGUGUUUGUCUUAACCUAGCUCUGGGUCUAAAGCCUUUCGAUAUAAGUUCGGCUCUGCAUGAAGGUCGUCGUUUAAGGGCGUUCUUAUGGGAGUCCUUAAUGAAGUUUCUUCGUGGAGGCAACUUGGGAGAGUGUAGCGGAUUCAGAGUCAGGGGUUCGGCUUUUAGAUUUCUUGGAAGAAGAUUUAGUUGUUGAUGGACUUGUGGAGUUUGUUUGGUCUAAUGGCUUUGGUGGGAGAUAUCACUUGCUAUGUUUUCAGGUAGAGUUUCUCUGCAUUGGAAUUUGGUUGUGCUCUGUUUUCGACAAGGCGUCUGGUUCUUGAUUGGUGUAAUCUUUGGAAGGCCUUGCUGUUAGUCCUCUGGUCGUUAUAUUGCUCUCUUCUGUUGGUGAAGUUUCGGGGCGGGGAAGCUGUGCAGUUCCUUGGUUUGAAACCAACGGGUUCUUCCGGAUUACUUGGUAAGGAGCUGUGGAGCCUUAGCUCAAUUGCGUGCAGUCUUUGAGUAGUUAAUUGCCAACCGUCGUCUUCUUUGGCUGCUCGGGUUGAAGAUCGAUUCUCUUGUGGCUUCUUGUGUUGGAGCAGUCUUAUGUAUGGUUAUUGAACGUGUUUCUCUGGUGGAACAGUUCUAGGAGAUCCUCUUCGAACUCAAAUAAUUAGGCUUGCAUCGCUUUCUCACUCAUCUCUGCUUCCGGCUCCGUUAAGCUUCUUCAUUUUGGAAGUGCUUCGUGUAUCUCCCUAUGGUCCUAAUCAACAUUGUCUUUUUCUUUUGUUUAGUUUAUGGUUCAAUGUUUGUUCUAAUCUUUGGCUCCGGAUGGUGCAUAUCACCUUGCCGGCUUAUGGCUCUAGAGAGGUUGCAAACCUUUGCUAAACCUUUGCUGGCUUUGUAUGAUACUCUGUUCAAAGUUAAUAUUAAUCUACUAGAUGACAAAAAAAAAAAAAUAGUAUAUAUCAAUAUCAUCUUUCGUCCUCUUCUUCAGGGAAUUUAAUGCACAAUCGAUAUAUUAUAUUAUUAUCAUAUGAUAACAAGUGUACAACUGUUCCAGGAUACCUACAGAGUCAACAAAAAUUGUCUACUGUCUAAAUUGCAAAAAUAGGUGGAUGGCAAUUUAGGAGUUUUGUUAAACUACAUAAUAAAGAAAGAGUCUCGGUUAGAUACAUUGAAAUUGAGAUGUUGUGCUUCUUUUCUUAUUUCCCUUGUUCAAUUUUUUCAUUCAUGAUGUAUCUUUGUUUGAUUAUAUAAAAACUAAACUGCGUAUAGUAGAAAUAUAUACGUUGAAGGUUUACCAAAAAAAUAAAAUAAAUAUAUAUAUAUAUAUAUAUAUAUACGUUGAAGCGGAGUCAGAUAAAUAUCAAAGCAAUUGUUUGAAAAAAGUAUGUGUAUAUUGCAGCGAUUUCAAAUUAAAAGUCUUAUUUAAAAGAACAGUUUAAACAGUCUAUUUUAUUAAAUCAAAUUUUGGUCAGUAAAAGAACAAUUUCAUUCGACUCUAUCUAAGUUAUAUCAAAAAGUACUAGACUUUCAUGUUCUACUCUUUUCCUUUUGAAAAUCGGCACUAAUAUUAAUUUUUUUAGGGAUUUGAACUAUGCUGCAAACCUCAAAACAAAUCAACAUAUAUUAAAAAAUCGAUGCAUCAGUUUUCACAAAACUCUUAGUUAAAAAAUUAUAGG